AUGAGUGGUGUAGCUUUGAUUGCUCGUGAUUGCAAUGGUAAGGUUAUAUACCAUGCAAGAGACGUUUUCACAAGGUCUUCAGACAGGAUCAUUGCUGAGCUGAGGUGUAUCUUGUGGGCGGUCCAAACCUUAAGAGAUCUUCGUGUGAAAAACGUGGUAAUCGCAUCGGAUUGUCAAGCUGCGAUCGCGGCCUUGUAUAACCCGAGUUACUGGCCUCAGUAUCGAGGAUUGGUGAACGCGAUUAUCAUAACUUGUCAAGCAAAAUCAUUUGAUUAUAUCACUUUCGAGGUGGUGUCUCGUCACUCUAAUUCCAUUGCAGGGGAUAUUGCGUUUAGUGUUAUGAGGGAUGGUCGUUUCAAUGGGUACCUUGCUUCAGGUCAUGGACCGUCACCGGCGUGGCUUAAUGAUCGAAUACUCAGUGAGGCACAACCGCGCUAUGUGUUUAGGUUUUUACCUUAUUAG